UUCUCACAAACAUUGCAGUAUAUAUGCCUUUGCCCACAUUUGUGGUUGAGUAUCUGUAGUAUCAGGAAUGGGCAUAUUUAAAAUGCCUCAUGAAGGCCCCUGGAGCUUCAUAUUAAUUCAGUGUUUUUUCAAGGUGUUGGCUGGGCUCUCAGCAGUUGGUGGUAUGGGUUUGGGGAAGACUGGAUACCGCAAAAGACUCAUGAGGUGCUGGAGAGUUGCCUGGCAGGUGGUGUCAGAACAGAGCUGGCUAUAGACCCUACCAGAAUAGGAGUGACAUAGUAAAGUAUUUAAAAUGUAGAAACUCAACUGUAAUUCCUUCUUUAUACAUACAUUGGGGAUGUUAAAAAGUUACUGAUGUCAGAUUGCUCUCUUGCCUCCUCAGCCCCUACCAUGGGGUAAAAAAGAUAAAUGCCAUUUUGUUUGGAAUGUCUUACCCAGGUAUAUGACUUGAAUGAUGCUGAUAAACAAAAUUACAUCCAAGGAGGUUUUCUAAGGGAAAUGAACACUUAUAUGUUAAACAAGAAACAUUAUCUUUGUGAUUCUGGGAUCUUCCUGUGAAUAUGUUAUGUUUUUUGAGAUGUUUUUCUAAUUACCUAUCUAAUUAGCACAUUAAAUUUGGUUGUUGACAUUUGAGAAACCAACGUGCUUUCUCAUGAAAAAGGCCCUUGCACAGAAAGUGCUCUUUUUUGUAAGAUCUGGGGUCAAAGGAGAGAUUUUUAAGCAUAUAAUAAUGGCUUCUACUUAUUUAAUAACAUAGUCACAAAAAAUGUCAUUUACUUCUCACAGGACCCCUUUCAGGGAGAUUUUAUAUUAGGAAGUAUGCUUAUGAGCUUUCUACCAACAUCAUCUUCCCUAAGGCUCCCCAUCUCAGUAGCUGACUAUACUAUUCACUCAGUUGCUUUUAAAGUUAGAAACGUAGUAAUCUUUCUGUGACAUCUAUAUCCCUUUCCUUCAUUCUCCCAUAUCCAAUUCUACACCUUAGGAAAUUUGUUUUACCUCCUAAAAUUCUUGAGAAUCCAUUCACUUUUUCUCCUUUUCCCAUCACUAUAGUCCAAGUGAACUGUUUUAUCAUUUCAUUUGCAGUAUCCUUUUAGUCACCCCUAGAUUAUCAGUUCUUAUCCCCCUCUCAAUUCAUUCUCCACUCAUUAGCUAACAUGAACACAUUAAUUCAUUUAACAUGAAUUCAAUGUUAAUUUUGACUAUGUCACUCCUUGCUCAAAACUCUCUAGUGCCUUCCCAAUGUCCUUAGAAUAAAAUCCCUCGCAUGGCCUCUGUGGAUCUGCACCGCUAGUCUCUCCUACCUCUCCACCUAUUGCAACCAACUCUUUUCCCCUUCCUCUUUCCAGCCAUGCUGGUCUUGCUGUGCUGCAAACUGGCCAAGCUUCUUCCAUCCUCAGGGCCUUUGCACAAGCUUUCCCUUUGCCUUAGAAUUUUCCCCCAGCCUGUCCACUUCCUCAUCCCCCUUCCCCAAGCUAAUGCCUUAUCCUUUAGGUCUCAUUUUAAACAUAUCUUACCCAGGGAAACUUCCCUGUCCAAACAAGUCUAGAUUGGAUCUCCCUGUUAUUUGCUUUUACUAAUCUGUAUUUUUCCUCAGCAUUUAUCACAAUUCUAAUUAUGUAGUUAUGUUGUUCUUUUAAUUUUCUCUGUUAUUGGAAUAGGUAAUACAUCCAUUUCAUACAAAAUUCAAAUUGUAACAGGGUAUAGAGUGUCUUCCCUUCCCCAUCUCUCUGCUACCCAGUUUUCUUCCUUACAAGUAACUACUUUCAGCAUUUUGAAUAUCCUUUCAGAGAUUUUGAGAAUAUAAGCAAUUAUGUACAUAAUUUUCAUCUUUAUUUUUGCCUUCUCUUUUAUUAACACAGAUCCUAUGUACAUUUUUCUGCACUUUGUUUUUAUCUGUUAAUAUAUCUUGGCAAUUCUAUAUCGCUAUGUAAGUGGUUUCUUUUUCAUGUACCAUACAGUAUGGGCUCAUCAUUAUUUCUUUAACCUUAAUUAUUGGGCAUUUAGGUUGUUUUCAGGCUUUGGUUAUUACGAACAAUGUUGCAUUGAAUAACUUUGUAUUUAAAGUCAUUUUCCACAUUUAUACCUAUAGAAUAUAUUCCUAGAAUUAAAAUAAAGAAGUUAAAGGUUAUGUGCAUUUUAAAUUUGGGUAGUAAUUUCCAAACUGCUGUCAAUGGAGGUUGUACCAAUUCACAUUCCCUCUAGCCACAGAUGAAGAAUGCAUGUUUACUCACAACUCAAUGAAAAUUUUUGUUCUCUGACAAUGUAAGAGGUGGAAAAUAUCUCUUGGAAACUUUAAUUUGCAUGUUUUCUCUUCCUUGCAAAGUUAUAUUUUCGUAUGUUCAAGAGGCAUUUGUAUUUCUUCUUUAGUGAACUGUUUCUUCAUAAACUUUGCUUACGUUAUUUAAUGUGUGACUUCCUCGCUACACUCGAAGGUCAGGGAUCCCGCGUAUUUCGCUCAUCGCAUAGCUCCUGGUACUGGAAUGAAUGAAGCUCAAAGAAAUGACUGGCUCACGUCAUGCCGUAGUCACACACGGAACUCAUGUUUGACUCGAAAGCCCACGUAUUUCCACGAUCACCCAGUGGAAAGACUGAGCAUUUAAUUCACCACAGCAGGGGCUAGAAAGGUAAUGUAAAACGGCUGAAGUGUGCUGGGAAGAGAGGACUGUGGCAAAAAGGCCAACAAAUGCCUAACUACAGUAGCAGCUGUUCUCAGAUCUAUUUUACCGCCAAGCAGGAAUGCAGGCCCAUUGUCGGAUCUUUAUUUAUUCCGAGGCCGGAUUUCUGGCUUUCUUGCUAGAUCUCCUGGGUUUUAAGUAUUUCCAGUCAAAACAAGACUGCCUUCAAAUGCAGCCCACCGGCAGCGGAUUUGCAAACUCUAGCGUAAACAAAAGUGGGAGGCUGAUGAGGUGGGUAAUACCUUAAGUUGGACAAAGACAGCCGAGAAACAAGGAAUUUUUAUGUAAGGCGAGAAUGAGGUUCUCCGCCGUAGGGUUUGGGGUUGGGGGCCGGGACUCCCGGAAAGACGCUGGAAAUAAAUGCUGGGUGGCAUCAAAUCAGAGCAGGGCCAGGCGGCGGGAGGGCGCCUGGCCGUCCCAGUUGUGGCUGGCCACUCCACCCAGCGCUGUUGGGGGUUUCUCAAGCAGCGUCCACACAAUGGUGUAGGGCGGUAGGGGCUGGCCGGGUUAAAGGGGACGACUGGCUGCGCAUUCCCUCACCGGCUCCCUUACAGCCAAGUGGACCGCAAGAAAGCACCCAACCCUUUCCCCGCUUCCAGAAGACCCUCCGCCUCCCAGGCAAAGCUUCCUGCUCGGCGAUCUACUUCUUUCCCUACUCAGGCCCCUCCCCGCUUCCCCAAUCCUACGACUUCCGUUAGCCUCGUCUUUUGGGAAACCGCCGACUUCCGGCCUCGCAGCGGUGGGCGGAGCUAAGAUGGCUGAGCAGAGACUCGUGACGAGAACUCAGUUUCCUGCAUCUGCUGAACCUCUAAAACCCCGGCUGAAAAAAGCUCCAGAGUUUCCUAUUUUGGAGAAGCAGAACUGGUUGAUACAUCUCCACUAUAUCCGGAAGGAUUAUGAAGCAUGCAAGGAUGUUAUCAAAGAACAGCUUCAGGAGACUCAGGGGUUAUGUGAAUAUGCUAUCUAUGUCCAAGCAUUGAUAUUUCGCCUGGAAGGAAAUAUCCAAGAAUCCCUAGAACUCUUUCAGACGUGUGCUGUUCUCAGCCCUCAGUCUGCUGAUAACCUCAAGCAGGUGGCCAGAUCUUUAUUUCUUUUGGGAAAACAUAAAGCUGCCACUGAAGUAUAUAAUGAAGCAGCUAAACUUAACCAGAAAGAUUGGGAGAUCUGUCAUAAUCUAGGAGUUUGCUACAUUUACCUGAAACAGUUGGACAAGGCACAAGACCAGUUGCACAAUGCCCUACAUCUUAACAGGCAUGAUCUGACUUACAUUAUGCUGGGCAAGAUCCACUUGCUGGAGGGAGACUUGGACAAGGCCAUCGAAAUCUAUAAGAAAGCAGUGGAAUUCUCCCCAGAAAAUACGGAACUUCUCACAACUUUAGGAUUACUCUACCUCCAGCUCGGCAUUUACCAGAAGGCAUUUGAACAUCUUGGAAAUGCACUGACUUAUGACCCCACCAACUACAAGGCCAUCUUGGCAGCAGGCAGCAUGAUGCAGACCCAUGGGGACUUUGAUGUUGCCCUCACCAAAUACAGAGUUGUAGCUUGUGCUGUUCCAGAAAGUCCUCCACUCUGGAAUAACAUUGGAAUGUGUUUCUUUGGCAAGAAGAAAUAUGUGGCAGCUAUCAGCUGCCUGAAACGAGCCAACUACUUGGCACCCUUCGAUUGGAAGAUUCUGUAUAAUUUGGGCCUUGUCCACUUGACUAUGCAGCAGUAUGCAUCAGCCUUCCAUUUUCUCAGUGCAGCCAUCAACUUCCAGCCAAAGAUGGGGGAGCUCUACAUGCUCUUGGCUGUGGCUCUGACCAAUCUGGAAGAUACAGAGAAUGCCAGGAGAGCCUACACAGAAGCAGUCCGCCUGGAUAAGUGUAACCCUUUGGUAAACCUGAACUAUGCUGUGCUGCUGUACAACCAGGGAGAAGAGAGGGGCGCCCUGGCCCAGUACCAGGAGAUGGAGAAGAAAGUCAACUUACUCAGGGACAGUAGCUCUCUGGAAUUUGACCCGGAGAUGGUGGAGAUGGCCCAGAAGUUGGGAGCUGCUCUCCAGGUUGGGGAGGCACUGGUCUGGACUAAACCAGUUAAAGAUCCCAAAUCAAAGCAGCGGACCACUUCAACCAGUAAAGCCGCCAGUUUCCAGCAGCCUCUGGGUUCUAAUCAAGCUCUAGGACAGGCAAUGUCUUCAGCAGCCGCAUAUAGGAAGCUCCCCUCAGGUGCUGGAGGAACAUCCCAGCUCACAAGGCCACCAUCUCUUCCUCUGGAGCCAGAGCCCACUGUGGAAGCACAACCAACUGAAGCAUCAGCACAAAUAAGAGAAAAAUAGGUGUAGGAUGAGCCGAGAGUUGGGGUUUCUUUGGCGAGGGUGUUUCAGAUAAGGAAAGGUCCCAUGACACAGGCAGCGUGGAGGCCAGCAUGUUCCCUGGGCAUCAUGAACUAGAAUGCAGAACGUGUUAUGAUGGUCACGAGGAGCCUGAGGCCUACGCAGUCCCCUGCUGCCCCAUCAGCCAGGAAAGAGAGAGGAGAUGGCCCAGACAGGUUCCCUAAGAACUGAGAGCAAGGCUUCGGCUCUAUGUAUGUAGUUCCAAGAGCCAGCAGGGCACGUGAUGCUAUCUGCGUUGGAAAGGACUUUAUCUCCUGGCUGGCUGACCCCUUCCUUUGUGGAAGGAAAGUCCGAGACAGACCCCUGCGCAGUAGUCCUGACAAAGCCGUCUUAGCUGAGCUGAUCCUUGGGUUGUGUGGUAUAUCAGCCACUGAAGCAAACACAAAUCUUUGAUUAAUAAUCCAGCUCUAAUAGUCAAAAUUUAAAAGAAAAAAAAUGGUGAAACAAGCUCUUUAAAUUGAGGCCCAGCCUACUGAGUAUCCCAGCUGUACUUGCCCAAGAGCAUCCAGAACAGGUCCAUGUAUCUUGUUCUUGAGAGGUCGAAGUGUUAGAGCCAGAUCACGUCAGGAUGAAAAGAAGUAGAGAUAAAGGGCUGGUCUGGUAUCAGCACCAAGGA